AUGCUCUCACUGCCUUCCUCGAAAUACUCUCUCCGUGCGGGAUCAUCACUUUCAAAAGUCUUGAAUACAGAUUUCUCCCAAAUUUCUAUUGGACAUCAUGAUGAAGAGGAAGAUCUUUCAAUCAUGAAUCCUAUGGGUGAUCUUUCUUUUGGCUUGAAUGGUCAAAUGGGAUUUACUCUUCCUCCCGGUAUGAAUAAUGCUGGUUUUCUCUCUCAAAAAGAAAAAUUAGAAAAAACCUAUGCCAAGGGUACCACCACUUUGGGAUUUGUAUUUAAUCGUGGUAUUGUCAUUGCUGUUGAUUCUCGUGCAUCUAUGGGAAAUUACAUUUCAUCUCAAAAUGUUAAGAAAGUCAUUGAAAUUAAUCCCUAUCUUCUUGGAACGAUGGCUGGUGGUGCUGCUGAUUGUCAAUUUUGGGAACGUUAUUUGGGUAUGCAAUGUCGUUUAUAUGAAUUGAGAAAUAAGAGACGUAUUUCUGUGGCUGCUGCAUCGAAAUUGUUGAGUAAUAUUGUCUAUCAAUAUAAGAAUUAUGGUCUCUCAAUGGGUACCAUGAUUGCUGGAUGGGAUCACACAGGACCUAAUCUAUUUAUGGUCGACAAUGAUGGCACUCGUUUGAAAGGAACAAGAUUUUCUGUAGGUUCAGGAUCAUUGUAUGCCUAUGGUGUUUUGGAUCAAGGCUAUCGUCCAGAUUUAACAGAAGAAGAAGCUUGUGAAUUGGGUCGUCGUGCCAUUUAUCAUGCCACUCACCGUGAUGCCUAUUCAGGAGGUAUCAUUAAUGUCUAUUUGAUUCGUUCGGAUGGAUGGACCAAGAUUUCGAGUACAGAUAUGAAUGAUUUGCAUUAUGGAAAGUAUGCCCUUGAGAAGGGUGCCAUUACUCCUCCCUUGUUGUUGGAUUCGAAUUGA